AUGAAAGACGACCCUGCUGAAGAGGGUGUUCAGAAGAAGUUCGACGACAAGAAAAAUGACCAGCCCUGGACCGACGGCGAGCGAAGCUUCAUCGUCAAUCAUGUCCUGACCCAUGUCCUCGCUAACGCUGGCUAUGGCAACAUCUUCAGCGAGGUGUCCGAGCUCCUUAUCAAGGAGGGCUAUCCCGCCCGCGGCAGACAGGCAUACCAGGACCAGUGGCGUCGCAAGAUCUCCAAAGACCUCCUCUCCAUCUACGGCAGCCAGGAUCCGGCCACGCCGCGAACUCCCACCAAGGCCUCUGGCUCCGGCAAAGCGGGUGGCAGCCCUUCGAAACGCAAGCGCAAGGAGGAGAAGGACAUCAAGAAGGACGAGCAGCCUUGA